GUGGUGCUCCCACAGCUGCCUUCCAGUCGACACCCGUCACUGGUGGUGUCUACGCGCCUGCUAACGCCAGUCCUCCAACCACCGGUCUUGUUGACUGAGUGAAGGAUUUCAUCAAACGCUUGUGGUUAUUUUCCUCUCAUCUUAUUUGGAAUCAUCACAGUUAAUGUGGAAGAAAGAAAGAGUUUAGAUGAUAAAAAGGGGAAUUAGUAGGAACUGAAUGAAUUCUCAAGCACAUAAAUCCGUGGUGGAGAGAGAGAUCUACAGCAGCGGCUGGCUUUGUGCCUCGACACAUCUUGCUCAUUAUCAGGUGUGAGGGAUGAGACGACCCUUGCCUGAGGUGGUGACGGACAGGAGGGAGAGCGAGCGGGCAGCAGCAGCCACCACCACUAGCAGCAUGUGAGGGUUGGCGCGUCCCUUCCGGUCUCUCGCCACCAGAAUGCUGCUGCCAUCCCUUUGAAGCUGCCGCCCCUCUCCUCUCACCGCCCAUGACAACACGCAGAUGGUGAAGAAAAACGAAAUUUAAAUGUGUCGAAAGGAAACCCCAGAGACCAGCAACACUCGCAGACCCAUGAGUGCUUAAAAAGAUUUAUGAAAACUUUUACAAUUACAAACCGAAAACUCGGCAUUCACUUACAAGUUUGAAGACGAAAAGUAAUAAAAAACACAAAACAAAAAACGAGAUCAAUUUCAGUGUUUUAACAGCGAAAGAAAAUGUGAACUCUGAUGCUCGAGGGUGACAAUACCUAGAGACGAAGAAAACGUGAUGCCAGUUGAUGUGCAAGAUAGAGGGACGGAGAGGGUGGUGUGAGGCGCGGGGGGAAGGUGACGAGGGCCCGGGUGGAGGACGAUGCGCGCCGUGGAGCCUGGCACACCACACCCCGCCCGCACCCUCACCCCGCAGCGCUCAGAACCGACGCCAGAGUUGCUGCACCACCAAAAUCCCUUCCUCUCUUCCCUUCCCUUUUUCAUCUGCCCGCCUCCGCACCCCUCCAGCCUACUGCCAACCUAGCACCGUUCCGCAUCUCGCUCCAAGCAGCUCCCCUAACCUCGGUGUUUGUGACGCGGAGGAGCGACUCCUGUCCAUUAACCCCGAGGGAGAGUGCUGGAGUGAGGGCAUGAUAGCUGGCAAGAAAACAGAAGGGUCUGUGGAGACUUGUCAGCGAAAAGAAGAGAGAAAGGCUGAGAGAAAAGCGAGAAAAGUCGAUCACGGAGGGAAACAAAACAGUUGGGUACAACGUACUCUGAGUGAGGCACGAGCGAUUGAAGCGAGAGUGAGAGGACUGAUUCUCCAAUCUAUUUGUCGACGAUUAGUUGCAAGUAAUCACCGUCACCUUACCAGUCCCCCGAGGAACGACCCACGAGAACUACCAGCAAGGAGUGGUACCUCCAUCCCCCACCUGCGGCUCCUCGUAUGUUGGAUGUUGCCCACUCGGUUCAGAGGUAAAGCUUCAUCUCCUACUUCAAAUAAAAGGGGGAUGUGUUGUUGUUCCUUAAAGGCUUACGGUGUCGAGGAGAGUAAGCAUCGCUGCCCUCUCGUCCACACUACGCACCAGUACCACGAUCCCAACAAUAACUGCCAAAACUACAAGCUAGUAGUAAAGGCCAAACAACUAGACAAAGAUCAAAUUAAGGUUAUAACCUGGGAAAGUACUGUCAUUCGUCGGCUAAGAGGCAGAGUGACCUACUGGGGUCAAAGACAACGGAAACGCUGUAAACUAAAUAGUUUCUCGCUGUUUAGGCGACGUCACCAUCUUACUACAACCAGUUCAAAGACGAGUGCAAAUAUAAAGUUCUCUUACAAGAAACUAUAUUAUUUAGAAACUUGCAAUAAAGAAGAUUGGAGACACGUCCACACCGCAGAUCCAGGCACAGUGGAAGGCAUCGGUAAGCCAGUGUUGUGGGCGAGUGGAGCGGAGGGCGGCCAGCAGAAAGGAGAUAAGGCUCCUGAUUCUCAUGGCCGACCGUGGUGGGCUGUCAACGGAAGUAAUAGCGAAAGUGGUGACGAUCCUGGCCAUUGCACAAGAAAGUAUGCCAAUGACUCUAGGGCAAUACAUGACGCCGCCACCAAAAAGUCGCCACACAACAGGAGUUUCGACGUCUACAUCUCUAGACGGAAAGAGUUGUACAAAAGUAACGAAGGUUUGCAGCGCAGUGCGAGUAUUGAUCAAAGUAGAAGCGACGACGACAAUUUCUUCAGUUUCAUCAAGUACAGAGACAAAUCACCGAAUAGAGGAGCCAAAACCGAAACCAUUUCCAGUAGUAGCGAAGACCCAGCGGCUGACCUUAAGACAGUGCUUAGAUCAAGGUCAAAUAAAUUUUCCGAUAGGAAAAGGUCCAGCACUGGCAGGCGCACUGAAGCUGGUCACAAGCGAUCUGGAGGCGAGUCUAAUCGGUCGAGACGUAGACAAGCUAAGAAGGUUGAACGGUCGCCCAGCAGUCGCUCCUCCAGCUCGUCAAGAUCUGGAUCAGCUUCACGCGCCAGGGCGUCAGGAGGACUUACUCUUUCAUCUACCUCUCGUAUAAAGAAAAAUAGAACCCCCAAAGAGACUAACGAAACUUUUCUUCCUUUUGAAGGUAAUUGCAAAGAUGAUACUAAGGAAUUUCUUAGAAAACUAGAUAGUAUCCUCACUGACUUGGUGGAAAACGAGAAGAGAAAAAUCAGCAGUUACGGCUUGCCGAGUGUACAAAACUCCACGGAGGGAGAUGUUCCAUUGAACAGGACGUCCAAGAAAAAAAGUCACAAACAUAAACAUAGAAAGGCGAACAAGGAGCCAGACCAAGCACAUAUAGAAAAGGAAAAGGAAGAAGCAAGUCCCAGUCUGCAGCAACUACGGGCAACUCUCAGAACAGUUCGAUUGAGGAAGAGGCCCACACAGCCCACAGCAGACGUCUUGGAUACACAUUCUCGAUGUUUUACCGAAAAGCAACCACACAAUCCACGCAUUCUCAGGUCCCAGCAAGGCUCACAGCUGCUCUCACAUCGCUGCUACCAGCCGCCCAGACGUAGGCAGCCACGCUCACACUUACAAGACAAAAGUUACCCUUCAGAUUUUUAUUCAUCUGAUGAAGACAAAACGCCACUCGAAGGAACAUGUCAGGAUAUCCCACAAAAGCAGCUUCUUGACGACACUAAUGGAGAUGACCAACAACAGCACGCAAGUAGUUCUCACAAAGAGAAUGAAGACGAUAUUUGCUAUGGCACUGACCACCACGGCUCUCAGGGCCCACCGGUCCGGCGGUCCACCACCAGCCCGUCUCAUUUAACACAACGCUUAAUGGAGGCAGCUGAUUCAGGGGACCAUAGCGUGGACAGUGCCUACACAGGAAGUCGCGGUGCCACACCCGAGAGUAUCCUGUAUCCCAGCGUGAAGCCCCGCCGCACUGGCAGCAGCCUUAACACACCAUUCACUGGAGCUCGGCCGCGCCCGUCACGCUUACCCCGUUGCUCUCCUAAAGCAGAGCGACUGCAGCAACUCAAAAGAAAUAUCUUGAACGAUAUUCGAGAGGGUGGCCUGUACAGUGAUGAAAGCAUCAAUUCUCUCCUUGAACAAUAUCGCAGACGUUAUUGCCAUUUUCCCUCUACAGAUCUUGCCUUGAUAAUGCGGAGCAUUCAAGAUGAUCUGGGGGUUAAACCUCGCCCUGCAGAGUACCUUUACCAGAUCUUGAUCGCCUCUGAGGACGAUCACUCACCCUCGUCCGCUCAUAACACCACUGCUGCCACGACCACAGACACCACAUCCCUGACGAAGGUUCCAUCUCCUGUCAAGCGUGGUACAUUUCAUGUGCAACAGAAAGGUGGAGAGCAGCAGACCUGUUCUGCCCCAGCACUCACGCCAAUCCUUAACAUUAACGAAGGCGCCUCUUUCUCUGGCCAGGAGGAAGCUGACGAGGCGUGGGCCAAGUCGGUGUUGGGGGAAGUGGCACCGGAAUUGGUCCAAGAGGCGAAAAAGGAGGCGAGACAGAGACACCAAGAUGAUGAUGGUGAUGCGGAGUGUUCCACCUACGUUGCUGAUCUGUGUCAUCAGCUUCAGUUAAACAUAUGAAUCAAAAUAAAUACAUAUUUUGAUCAAUAAACAAGAAUCAAAUACCUCGUUGUAAGUGCGCUAAGGAUUUUCUUCUUAGCUAUCCUGAACCUCGCUCAGCCCAAGGCCUGGACAGUUCCUGUGUGGUGUGCGGUUGACACAGACCGUGCAUGCUCGUGGCGAUAGUGUAAUAUUAAUUUCAGAUGGGAUAAGUUCGAUGAUCUCAGCACUUUAGAGAGUAAGAUGCGACGGAUCGAGUGGUCGCCCAAACGUAAAUCGGAAAAAAAAAUAUGAAGCAGUGGUGCAUGAAGAUGGCGGGGUGCAAGCCUCUUAUAGAGGUUUAGUUCACUCUCGCCGAGUGGUUUGAAGCUAUAUUGCGUGUUACUCUCAUUCUUAUCUUUCGCAGCCUUUGUGAGGAAAAAUAUGAUGAGUGGUACGGACAACAUCGCGCUUAGACUACACGAGUGUGGCAGCGAUGUAAACGUGAAAUGGCAAUAGUACUUAAUGACGUCAACAAUAAUAUGAAUUAUAUAUAACAUUCUUAUCUUUGUAAUUAUCCUUUUUUCAUGGUCAUUAUCAUUAUAGUUAUUAUUAAUAUCAAUAUUAUUAUCAUUAUCAUUAUUAUUAUCAUUAUUAUUAUUAUUAUCAUUAUUAUUAUUAUCAUUAUUAUUAUUAUCAUUAUUAUUAUUAUUAUUAUUAUUAUUAUUAUUUAUAUAGGUAAACCAACAAAAAUAUUCAGGUGCCUCUGACAGAUGCAGUAAUGCAAUAAAUGCGUGUUGUUCGAGUCUGAGGAAAUCAUUGUUGCAGGAAAUAAUUACCAGUGAUGGACUGUCAGCACAAAUAUGGAGCUGAGAGACGCCUACGUGACGCCUUCUUAGCUUUCCGAAGCGCCAUCUGCAGAAGGGUGAUCAUAGGGGCGCUGCGCCGCGCUGCGCUGCUCCCUGCCUCGUGUUGCCGCAAUAAACUAAGUUGUUGUUACGUGUGUUACGUCAAGGCCUGCCUUUGGGAGGUUCUGUUUGUUACAAGCAAUUGUUUGAUAUAAAUUUUAUUUUCUCAGUACCCCUACUGGUUCCCUAUGUCCGCCACACAAAUGGUCCUAAAGCCUUCCUCGGGACUGUCCUCAUACACGACAUUCUUUAUCUAUAGAUAUAAAACGCUGUUGCGUUGUAGUUACACGACGACAUUGUUAGCUUCUGAUUAAACAGUUAAAAGGCCGCACAAAAUACAUAUAAACACCUGUUCAUGAAGAAACUAAUCCACUGCCUGGUGACACACACACACACACACACACACACAACACACACACACACACACACACACACACACACACACACACACACACCUGCAUUGGUGGUAGAUAAGUGUAACAUAUUCCUACGAUUGCAUUUAGUAAAGAAUGUAAAAUUCUCUGAGUAAGAUUCAUUAAGGAAGAGAAAAUCCUUUAUGAAGCAGAAACAGUAUUUUACUCUUAAUAUUAGCACAAGGUGUCAUGGAUGCGAAACAUAUUUUCUUAUACAAUUACAAAUGAUCAAAGUGUUGAAAAGUACUGAUAAAAAAGUAGUUAUCUUAGAAUAAAGUCGCACUGACAUUAGAUAGGAUAUAGGUAUAGUACUGUACUUUCCGUAUCAGAUUUCCAGUUUCCCUAAGACCAGGGCAUAGUUAUCCCGGCGCAAGAUGCCAUUUGGGCAGGCGGGAUUACACCUCUCCGAGAGCUGUUUGGAACUAUUUGUCAGGAUUCUGGUGAACUUAGUACUCAUCAUUAUUUUAACUGUAAUGUCAACGGUAUUGGAGAAACACUCCUAUAUGCAACACGGGGCAAUUAGGUCUUGAUAAGUGUUGCUACACACACACACACACACGCACACACACACACACACACACACACACACACACACACACACACACACACACACACACAAGGAAAGCGGUUCUAUAAUCCCAUUUAGCUGUUCUGAUUAUAAAGUUAGAAUUUUCCUCGUUGUUAUAAGUAAAGGUUGUGACAAAGUAAUACCAAGUUAUAAAAUUACAAAACAUGAGAUAUCCCUUAUCUGAUCUUUAUCAACUCCAUGUUCAACUGUACAGGGAGAGUCUACAAAGUCUCUCCGAAGUGCUCUACAUACAUAUAGUACCAUCUCAACAUCCUCUCAAAGUCUCUCCUAACACUACUAAGCCGCCUCCACGCCGCGCUUCCUAUACUACUUCCCAUAGUACGAGUAUGAUCCGCGACACAGAAAACAGACACAUUUUAUAGAAUCAUCAUUAUCAUCACCAUCAUCAUCAUCAUCAUCAUCAUUAUCACCGUCAUCAUCACCAUCAUCAUCAUAGCGCGUGAUGCCUCACAACCUCACUGUUUCUUUCGAGUGGCAAAAAAAAAAAAAAAAAAAGUAUGAAAUCUUAACAUCUGAUUCUACUUGCAUAUGACAAAUGGAGAGAAAAUCACCACCUUUCGUCGAAUAUAGAUUGUGCUUGCCUCCUGCCGCGCCCAAGUAUUAAUACUUCAUGAGGCAGAAGGGACGUGAUGGGCUCUUGACGGCGAGGCGGGAGUGCAUUGAUUUAACAGACACGAACCCUUCCUCCUCCAUGGCCCUCGCUCGCGGCGCUGGUGUUGCGGUACAUACGUACUUCAUUAUAUUUUACAGUUAUGUAUUUUGAUGUUAAGUUAAAACAUGAAAUAAAGAAAAGAAAAAAAUCA